AUGCUGUACUCGAAUGCAGAAACCAACUCGUGGAAGUUCCUCAAGCUCAUUUCGGUCAAGGAGAACGUGACGUACAUCAACUUCAUCGGCUUUGUGCUCGCGUCCGGCUUUGCCAUUUGCAUGUAUGUCUUCCUCAACGCGUCCCAAGGCUUCGUGCUCGGCAGCAUCCUCAACGUCUCGUCCAAGGACCUCGGCAACAUCACGGGCAACCUCACGUUCUUUGACCAGUGCAUCUCGCUCGUCAUGGUGUAUGUCUGGGGCGUCUUGAGCGACCGCGUCGGCCGCAACUUCAUUUACGGCGCGGGCUUUGGCUUUAUGGGUCUCGCGCUCAUUUUGUACCCGUACGCGACUGGCGUCAGCACGGACCUCGUCUUCUACCGCUUUGUGUUUGCGCUCGGGACGGCCGCCACCUCGUGCAUGCUCACGGCCGUGCUCGCCGACUACUCGGCGGAGGGCGGUCGCGGCAAGCUCAGCGGUCUCGUCGGUCUCAUGUCGGGUCUUGGUGCGAUCUUUGCUGUCUUUGUCUUUAUGCCGAUCCCCGCCAAGUUCCGCGGCUCGGUCGAAGGCAUCAAGUACGCGUUCGGUCUCGUCGGCGGCAUCUCGAUCGGGUUUGGCGUCCUCCGAGGCGCUUUUGUCGCCGGCCAACAUUGA